UCCCCCCCAAACAUUCACCCCGCGUGCGCGCGCGCUCUCUUUCGUUCGCUCUCGCGGCGGCAAUUUGGCGAUCACCGCCGCCGCCCGCCGCCCUACUCUAGGUGCGCAGGUCUUCGUCGGUCCCCUCGCUAGGCCUUCGCCGGCCCCUUCACCGGCGACGGGCACCCAACAGGUUUACCUGUAGUUAAUUUUGUAAAUUAUGUUAUCUCUGUAGCUGCCCCAAUGGAAGUUGAGCUGCCGAACAUCCGUAAAGCUACUUCAAGUGACCAUUGGAGUUUAGCCAGCAGCCAAUAUCCAUCUGGUAAAUUUCCUAAGGUCUCAGUGGGUAUCACGAUUCCAAGGGCAGGUACUGUAUCAAGAGGCGGAGAUGCUACCCCAACACCUACAUUGGACAGGAACUUGUCUCAGGGAACUGAUGGUUUAUCUAGACCAAAAGGUGAUAAUACUUCACUUCGGGUUUCACAAGAGGCUGUGAACCAUGCUGUAUCCACUGAAGGGGCUCCUGAAGCUGACCCUGUUAUGAAGGUCUCUGUACCACGACCUGAUGACAAUGCAUGUGAGCAAACAGGAACCUUUUCCUUUGGAACAAGAAGAGAACAAGGCAGCAACAGCCUUGAUAAAUUGGGGACACCUGAAUUUGUAAGUUCCCAAAGAAAACAGAACUUGGAGUCUUCAGAUAAAGUCAAGACCAACAGUGAGAUGCUCAGGAUGAAGUUGUGGGAGAUCCUUGGUGGCACUUCACAAAACAAGCAGGCUGUUGCUUCACCAAACCCUGAUGACAUCGAGACACCUGAUCAGCCUAGAAGUCAAACUGUUAAAGGACCAUCUUCAGGGAACAAGGAGGUAUUCACUUCUCCUUUUCCUGAUAACAUCAAGACACCAGAUCCACUGAAGCAUCAAACAGUGAACUUCACAAAGUGUAAGCUGUCCCUUGAUCCAAUCGAGUCAGAUUCUGAUAGUCCAAAAGUUGUUGAAAGAAGACCUGUGACUCGCUCCUUGGGACGCAAGAAAGCACCAGCAUCCUCCAAGAAGCAGAGCAGAAGUGCAAAGAAACCAUUAUCUACUUUUUGCUCUACACCCAAGAAGAAAAUGCUGGACAAUGUGUUUACCUUUAAUGAGAAAUGCACAUCUAAAACAGUGGAUCAGGGUGAAAUGAAUAAAGCCACUGAAUCACCUGGCAGCGGAUCUCCUGAUUCUGCCAAAAAACGAGAAAACAGGAAACAACCGUAUCUUUCACCCCUUUCUCCAACUGAGGAUGAAGGGAUUAAAAGUUCUGAAACAAGUUUUGCAAGAGGAUAUAAAUCUCACAAACAGCCUUCAGAUAUUCACAAACGGCCUUCAGAUAUCGAUGUCCCUGAUAAAUCUCCUGUUGAGCAUAUGGGUAGGAAAUCAAAUCUAAAAGAUGACAGAAUGAGCAAAAGACACUUAUCUUCACCCGCUCCUUUUUCCACUUCUGCAACACAAGAAACUACAGAUUCUGAUAAAGAACAAGAACAAUGCCCAGAAAACUUCCUAACCAGGUCUUUUGAUCAAGCUUCCAAGCAGCUGAGCCGAAGUGCAAAGAAACCAUUUUCCACUUUUCACUCUACACCCAAGAAAAAAAUGCAGGGCAAUGUGUUUACCUUCAAUGAGAAACACACACCUAAAACAGUGGAUCGGGACAAAAUGGACAAAACCACUGAGUUGCCUGGUAGUGAGUCUCCUGCAGAAGAAAGAGAAAACAGUAAACAACCAUCUCAUUCACCCCUUUCUCCAACUGAAGAUGAAGAGAGUAAAAGUUCCGAACAAAGUUUUGCAAAAGGAUAUAAAUCUCACAAAUGGCUUUCAGAUAUCAAGGCCCCUGAUAAAUCUCCCCUUGAGCAUGUGGGCAGGAAAUCAAAACUAAAAGAGGAUAGAAUGAGCAAAAUAUACUUAUCUUCACCUACUCCUUUUGCCACUUCUGGAACACAAGAAACUAUAAUUUCUGACAAAGAACAAGAACAAUGCCCAGAAAACUACCUAACCAGGGCUUUUGAUCAAUUAGUAGUGGUUCUGGGAAGGUUCCAAACUAAGAUCAAGUCUGAAACAAGCAAGAAAAGUUCUGAGAUACUUGCAGCUACUAGAGAGAUAAUAUGUCAGCACCUUGAGGGGGUUGAGGCGCAGAUGCAGGCUGAUGUGGAUAAACUGGUCAACACAGGCAAGUCUAAAAGGAAACGCCUAGAAUCUACAUUUGAAGAUCAACAAGAAAAGCUAAGGAUUCUUCAUGAGAAGUUCAAGGAGGAGGUCAACAAGCAGCUUCUGAACUGCAGGAGUUCUCUUGAGGAUUUUGAAUCCUACCAUGCAGAACUUAAGGGAGUAGCUGACAAGCAAAAAUCGUCCCACAAGAAGCUCCUAGUAAAUGCCGAGAAAACAGUAGGCGCUCAGAUCAAUGAUGCAGAAACCAAAAUUGCAGAGGUCCAGAAGAGAGCACGCAAGAGGAUGAAUGGCCUGAAAUACGUGCUCAAGGAGCUGAUUACAGAAACUGCAGAUUGACUGAUCGAAGUUCCUUCGCUCUGUCCAAGUACAUAUCACAGGUGCAAAGAUUAGGAAGCACAGGAUGCGCAUUGCAAACACGUCUAAGGGUUCCAUUUGAAAGGGGUACAGGAGAAUCAUGAUGCACGUAGGUUUUGUCAGAAAUUGAGUUUUGCAAAGACUUUUUUUUUACUUCCAGAUGUUUAUAGUAUCAUUUUCUGGGCCGUACCUUCGGUUAGGAUUUUCGCUACCUGGUCGAUGUGCAUAGUGCACUGCUGUGUUGGUUGCACUAUUUCGCACGAGUGACCAAAUACUAUACACAGAAAACCGCAACACCUAAUGUCUUUCAGCUGUAUGUGACCUACAGGAGGGUGCACUGUUGCCCUUCGUUCUUCCCAAACUCUGUUAAGAGCUGGAAUACUAAUGUUUAAUGCAGAGAGCUGUCUUGAUGUUAACCGUGAUU